CUCCAACACCGCUGCGACACCCCGACCAGAGCACUCCCCGCUUUAUGCGCAGCUACCCACUUGCAGAAACACAUUCGAAGCGCCAUGUAUAGUUAGCCUAGGCCGUUCCGUGCUCUCUCAUCUAGAUCGCGACGCGUCGCCCGCGACGCGCUUUCAACAUUCACCUCUACACAUCAACCAUGGCUGCACGCACCAAGACCCCUGCCGUUGGCUCUUCCGGAUGGAUCCUUGAAGAGCGCCAUCAAUCAAACGAUCUCGUCUCCCAGGAGCUGGAAGAUUUCGGCUUCUCUGUGCGCAAUGAGCUGGAAUGGCUCAACGAGCACAUGUCCGACAUAUUCGCCAACGAUGGACAACAUAAUCUCGAGGUGUUUAAAACGCCCGGCAAGCUGCGCGGGAAGACGCCUCACACCGCGCGCAAGAAGAAUCCGGCCGAGCCCCGUCAGCCUCUCGCCAACAUAUUGUCCGCCAAUGGACAGAAGCGGCCCAGCCCUGCUGAACAGAGCUUGAAGAACAAUCUACAAAAGUCCGCAAAGGCGCGAUUUCACAUUGCAGAAGACACGGAGAACACGGUCCCCGUAGAGUCGCCCGUCGCAAAGACCCCAAUCGCGCGACAGCUGUUUACCAAGUCUGUGGGUACUGGCAAAGAGAAUGUCGAAAGCAGGCUCCAAGCCGACAUGUUCGAUGAGCGCUCAACUCUCCACACCGCCGCGCCAUGGAGCCCAGUCCACUCUACUCAAGACACAGUCAUGAGCUCACAGGACGAUGACGUCUUCUCUCCGCCACAAACCCAAUCUACGCAACCCACACAAGCGACCCAGUCUUUCAGGCGCUCAAUAAGCGAGCAGGAGGAUGAGCGACGCGACACAGGCGACAGCUUCGUCUCAGCAAAAGAAGCAUUUGCAAGCAAAAAUACCUCAAAGGACAAUCUACGCGAGAAGCGCGACGACGCCAUGGAUCUCGAUGACAGGGCAGAUCUGUCGCGAUCUGAUACGCAGGACACUAUGAUCCGCCACGAGCUCAGCUCCGCUGGCGAGGAUGACGAUGAAGAUAUGCAAGAUAUUCCUGACUUUCCCCAGCCACCCCGCGUUAUCUCAGAGCAAUACAGUAUUUCAGCUGAAACCCACGACGCACUCGACACAGCAAAUCACCGAGCUCUUGCACCAGAGCCCAAGAACCUCUUCGCCCCAGAUCACUCCACGACCCCCGCUGGUCCUCCUCCGGCUUCUUUCCAAGACGCUGCGCAUGACGACACUGUUGUCCACCAUGAUAUCGAUGACCAGAUGGAUAUCGACGAUGAUGUACGCUCGCCCUCAGAUGGGUCAAGCCCUGUAAAGCCGCUAGUUAGGAAAAGCAGCCUUACGUUUGCUUCCCUCCCUGCGCGUGAACCGUUACUCGCAAAGAAGAGCAUGGGCAAUCGCGUUUCCAGGACAAGUCACGUCGACCCGAGCAAGGCUCGUAGCAGCCAGAUGGGCAGGUUCACAGGAGGUAAGAGCUUAGGAGGUUCCCAAGUCGUGCAGCCCGUGGAAGCACACCACGAUGAGGAUGUGGACGUCGAUAUGGACCGUCCAGAACUCCAAAGAGAGGAAUCAGAAACGACCAAGAUCCACAAUAAGACCUCUACUCAGCGCCUCUUCGAACGCAUAAAUAUGCUCAAGCAGCAAAAUGAAGCACCCAAGCGUGUCAGCCAGAAUGUUCUAUCAUCACAACCUGCUCAACCUCAGAGCUUCUCUUCCACACAGCCCAAGGACGAUGUCCCGCACAUUCAGUCAUCACAACCAUCGUAUCCGAACCUACCUUCGUCUGAAGCCACGGGAGACGAUGAUGACGACGAUUGGAUCUCUCCGGUCCGAACUGCAGCAGUUGCUCCCAAGAUUUCUAGACCUGCUUUCAGUAAAAGCCAUUCUGCAACGACGCAAUCGUCACCACCUAAAGCUAUGCCUUCAAAGCUGACUUCAGUAUCAAAUCCCGAUCUAUCAAUAGUGGUAGAGUCUACCACUCCGGUCGGUUCUCCAACUAGUAAGAAAUACAUGGAUGGCCCCCUCAGCGCAUCCAAAUCUAAACUAUACUCCGCAUUCCGCGCAGCAAAAGAAAAGCUCAUUGGAUCAAGUGCCACUAGUGCUCAAGCCAAGCUUGACGCGCUUCACCAAAGUCCAGCAAGACAGCACGCACAGGAUUCGUCAGACGACAUCUUCAGCAGCCCAAAGCGGACAGAGAAGCCAGGCUCUAUCUUUUCUCAUUUACGCUCGCCAUCCAAAGAAUCAAAGAAGUCUGCAAAGGGUGCCACAAUGCCUAGCAGUCCUACAAAGGAAAGCCGACGAACCCGUAGCUCGACUGAGCGCGAGAAACAUAAAGAGAAGGAAACCCGAGAGAGAGAGACGAAAGACGCCAAGCAGCAGCGCGCUGAAGCCAAACUCAGGGAAAUGCGCGAAAAAGAGCAGUUAAAGGCUGCUGCGCACCACCACAAGAGCAAGCAUGCCGGAGCAAAGACGCCAUCCGCAACGUCAUCUCAAUCAAGCCUUAGGCAACCUAACGUUGCCACGGCGGCCACCAAAACACCAGUUCAAGCAGCGCCACAGCAGCAGCCACUUUCUCGACCGGCUAUCACCCGAGUCAAUACGGCUUCUUCAAGAGAAGAUAUCGAUUCUGCCGAUGAGAUGCCGCCCCCGCCCCCGCCGAAGAGCCAACUACCUACGACGAAGACUACUAAAGCGGCUCUUCGAGAGCCCAGGAAGCUCGCCAAACCAUCGAGCAAAGAUGCGCUGCCCAAGGCAAAGGCGCCCCAGAAGAUCAUGGUCAAUCUCAAUAGCACUAGAUAUGGUCAAGCACCCCCUACGGCUUCUCGCCCUACCCCAGCUACAACAAGCAAGCCUCUUCCUAUUGCUCCUCAAGGAUUCUCCAAAUCCACUGCUUCGGCACCAAAGGCAGCCCCUGCAAGACCAGCCUCGGCCUUAUCCACCAAAUCAGGACCAGCACCUAGGGCAGCCCCGCCUACUACCAAACCCGCCGCUCCUCGAGUUGCCCGCCCGCAACCACAAGCUAUCGAAAAGCCGAAAGCUCCAGCACCGCAACCUCGAGCUGACCUCGGCGCCGCUCGACCUGUGUCACGUAUGCAAACGGUCCAAGAUGCCAACCGCAUCAACGUUCCCCCGGUCAACCCGGCUAAGCCUCCUAAGCGGCCGUUCCAGGGCGAGAAUGACGAGACGCUCCAUCGCCCCGCUAAGCGCCCUUCACAGCAAGCGAAGAUGAACCCAAUGACUCCUGCUCACGCGCAGUUCGCAAAGGGCAAAAUUCCCUUCGCAGAGCCUGCCCAUGCACCGCAGCCUCAGAUCCAAUACCCGAACGGCGACGACAUCAAGCUCCCGGAGAUCAUGACUGACUCCGAAGACGAAGACUCCGAAAACGAGUUCGAACAACCUAGCUGGGUCAACACACCCAACCUCCGCGAGAUGCUCUCUAACCAACAACUCAUGGACCCGGAAACGAUCUUCGGUCCCAUUGCGCCUCUUGAGAUGGAGAAGGUAUUCCCGAACAAGGAGCGACACAAACGUUUCCGUGAGCGCACUAGCAGCGCUUAUUGGGCCAAUGAUCAAGUUACGGAGGAGGAGAGGCGGAAGGAGCGUGAGGCGAGGGAGAGGCUCGUUAAGGAGGGUGCUUGGACGUAUAAUCCAUCUCCACGUCCCACCGCCGGCCCAUCCCGUUGAGGAGGUCAAUCGUAUAUUGGUUCCACGGUACAUGACUGAUGUUGAUGGCAUGUGUAACACGAUCCUGAUGACCAGUGGCUUUAAUCGUUCUGAUGGCCUUUGAGGCUACAUUGCGUUUGUUUUUAACGGCGUUUUUGGGGUAGCAUCGACCAAAAUGGUCGCUAUGAUGGCGCUUGAGCGGUACUUGAGUUUGUUUCCUCUUCCUUGCAUAGGUAUUGUCAAUAAAGACGAUGAAUGUUCAUGAUAGGAUCCUUGUUUGUGAUGAUAGACAUUCUAAAAUGUGUACCAAGUCCUUCCAUCGGCCCGAGCCGACCGUCUCAAGAAGCGGU